AUGGCAGAUAAUGUGCCAGUUGGUAUGCUCUGUUCUCAUCAAGAUGAUCUGGAACGAGUGAGCGCAAAACAGGAUCAGAAAGUACAUCCAGAGUCGGCACCAUUGGACGUUGACGAAAAUGAAAAACAUAAGCGCGAGGUGGCCCCGGAUGGUGGCUAUGGCUGGGUCUGUGUUGCCUGUGUUUUCUGGAUAAAUGCGGCAUAA